CACACUUGCGCAUUUUAUAAGGGCAAUACUCUGGAGAAGGGGUCCUGUAAAUGUCGCACUUCCCGCUUUUGAGGCGUUCAGAGUCUCACUACAUACAUGCACCAUAGCAUACGGGUAUGCAUAUAACGGUACCAGGUACCGGUACUGGUCUCAGGCCGCAGAUGCUUCAAGCUUCAAGCCGCCAAAAAGAAGAUAAUUGUGUCGUACAUCUCGAUUUGAUUUAAAGACUCUAGUGUCCUAUAUUCCGAGAUCUACCGGUACCACGGUACCACACACAAAGGGCCAUUUAAAACUCUGCUUGGAGAAAUUUGUCAAUUAUUUAUCGAGUUGCUGGAACUUGAUUUUUAAGUCUUUCCGAACUUACUUGGAUAUGACACUAAAUAAGCGUACCGGUACAUACAUGUUUCGCUGAGCUGUAUGCUGGCCAGGCAAACUCUUCGCUUUCCGGGCAUCCAAGUCCAGGCUUUCGAGGCAUCCAAGUCCAUGCUUACUCGCAGUUAAAAACUCAAGGAAGCUCACAAUUCUGAAAAAUUGGCUUGUCUGCCGAGCAAUCCUGGGUUUGUGUGUGUGCAUACCAGUUCUCAACCAGCCGCUAGCCAAAAGUUUCCACAGCCACUCAUCGGAUCUGUAAUAAAUACCAGCAUCGAUCCUCUUCAUAAUCCUAUCUUCCGAAGAUUGAUCUACUCCAAAAGAAAGAAAGAAAGAUGGACAUUCCCGAAAUACCGUUACCUCCAACCAAGACCCCGGCCGAAGAGGUCCAUCAGCCAACAACGGCGACUCCUCGUCGAAAGCCAGUCUUUCCUCUUUGGACGGCUGUGACCCAGUGGGUGCAUGGCUUGAUUACCAAGACUGUUGUGGCACUCGCGCUUUGUGCCUCUCGCCGUCCCAAGACAACUGUGUAUGGCAUUACGUUUCUCAGUUUCUUCCUCGUCACAGUGGGAUUCUUUACUAACUUUGAGUUGGUCUUGAAAUUCGAUGAAGUCUUUACACCCACAGGAAGCCAACCAGCCAUGCACAAAGACUGGGUCUACUCUGAGGAGGGUUUCCCGAAUGCUGUCCGCAAAGUUGCCCUCAUGAUGCACAAAGAGGGAGGCAAUGUCUUGACAGUGGAGGCCAUGGAGAGGGUCUUUGUGGGAGUUGACACAAUCCGCCAAACGGAGGGUUACGAAGAACUCUGCCAGCAGGGAGCCUAUGUCGACUUUGAAGGAGUCAAGACAUGUCGUGUUCUCAGUGCCACGGGCUAUUUCGACCAUCACAAGCUAAGUGUCUUUCAAGAGCAAGUGCAUUCGGACCAAGAGUUGCGCCAGGCAUUGUCUCCCUUUCAGUUUGCCAAUGGAUCCCCCGUGUACCAUGACUCUAUCCUCGGCAACUGGAAGAAGGAUGCCACCGGAAACUUGACAUCUGCAGAAUCCUUCCUUGUUGUAGUGGAGAUUCCUGAUACAGACGACCGUGAUGAGUUUGAAGACAAAAUGCUUGCCCAGCUAGGCAACCUCCGACAAGAAUGGAUCGAGAAAGACGAGGAAUCGGGGUACCAAGUGUUGCAGAUGGACUUGCUCACAACGCAUGCUUUUGAGGUUGAAUACCAAAGGGCCAUCGAAGGGGACUUGUGGCUCGUCCCGCUUGUAGCAAUCAUGAUGUGCUCAUUUGUGGCGGUGACCUUUGCUUCCUAUGGAUUUGGUAACGCCGACACCAAAUCCCGGACGUUGCUGGGAGCUUCAUCCGUCUUUACGAUCAGCAUGUCUUUCUUGGCAGGCAAUGGCAUUAUGUUCCUUUGUGGAGUGCCGUUUACGUCAAUCACCCAGAUGCUCCCGUUUGUGAUAUUUGGGAUUGGAUUGGACGAUACCUUCAUCAUUACAGGUGCUUACUUCCGGAUGGAUCCGGGGUUGGAUGUGCUAACCCGCAUCCGCAUUACCUUCUUGGAGGUGGCACACAGUAUUUCCUUGACCACAAUCACCACUACUUUUGCCUUCCUCCUGGGUCUCAUGUCCAGCUUGCCCGGUGUGCAGUGGCUUUGUUUGUAUGCAAGCACUACCAUCUUUAUUGAUUUCAUCUUCCAAAUCACGCUGUUCCCUGCAUUCAUUGUAUUGGAUGAACAACGAAUCCUAGCAAAGAAACGAGACUGCUGCUUCUGGCUUCCCGAGAAAGGAUCAGACGAAGACGAGGUUGUCCACGAUGAUACCGUGCCUGCUGGCAAGGAUGAUGAUGCUGCUCUCGAAACAGAUGGUUCGGUCGAGAUUUCCACAUCGACCGAGAACUCAGAGGGUUCUUCCAAGAGCAUUCCAGAGCGUGUCAUGAGUGCCUACGCCGACUUUUUGCUACGGCCACAAAUCAAGGCUCUUGUUCUUCUCCUGUUCGCAGCACUCUUUGGAUGUUGCGUUUAUAGUGUUUCUCUGUUGACACAAGAGUUCAAGCUUGGAGACUUUGUGCCAGAUGACAGCUACCUCAAAGACGUUUAUGUUUCUUUUGAAAACUAUGCAUCUGUGGUCCGUCCAAUCGCAGUUUACUUCCGACACAUUGAUCAAACCAACCCUGACAUGCAAGCCCAGAUGAUCAAGUAUGUCAAUGACUUGGAGUCAUUGGAGGAGCUCAGUGGCACCACAGUCGACUUGGCAGGGGUAGAAGGUGCCCCGGAAACUGAUGUGAAGCCAUUCUGCUGGGUCCGUGACUUUCAGAAGCUGGCGACUGAGUUUACAGAUCAGCCAGAGUUUGCUUUCAUUGAGAACCUGACGUUUGUUGAACAGCUCGACCUGGCACUUGCACAGCCCACUGUCAGGGAGAUCUAUGGGCAAGAUAUUAUUCGAGAUGACACGGGAAACAUCACAGCAUCAAGAUGCUGGCUCUUCCUCACAGACCUGGAUUUGAACUCUGUAGAGGCCCAGAUUAGCCUACUGCACAAACAGAGGGCAGUUGGGGAGAUGCAACCAGCCAAUGCGGGCACGCCCAAGGGGGGGUGGUCAUUCUUCUUCUUUGACGAGUUACUCUUUUACUGGGAAUCAUACGAUGUUGCUGUGCAAGAGCUUUAUUUUACAGUCAUCUCAGGGAUCAUUGCCUUGACGGUCAUUGCAUUUGUUAUGAUCCCACAUUGGACUGCUGUGUGCUUUGUUACCCCCAUGAUAAUCGUGCUCUACACAAACUUUCUUGGGACGUUGCAGUUUUUCGGAUUGCAUAUCAACGGCAUCUUUUACAUCUGUGUGUGGUGGUGGUUGGUCUCCUGGUGGACUUUUUAUUGCACAUUCUUUUGAGAUAUUAUGAGACUUCCCCCGACAAGACCCGCAAUGAUCGUGUCAAGGAAUCACUUGAGACAAUGGGGGCAUCCAUCAUGUUGGGAGGCCUGACAACAUUUUUGGGAGUGGUGCCACUCUGUCUAUCUUCCACCAAGAUCUUCAUGACAGUGUUUUUAGCAUUUUUCGGAAUGAUUGUGUUGGGGAUUGCUCAUGGGUUGAUCCUCCUGCCUGUGAUUCUUUCCUUGGUGGGACCACGGACGGGCUUGGUUUCUCUUCAGGGCAGCAAACAGGCAGAGGCGUUGUCCUCGGCCAUCGAGCAGACUGAAAAGCACAAGAGCAUGCAUCAUCCUCAGCACCAAUCAACCAAGGUUUCGUCUUCCACCGCUUCCAUGGAGCAAGAAUCCUUGUCCAUUGGCCCCAUAUCCGUUGUAAAGAUUUUGUCGGGUUCCAUGGAGCAAGAAUCCUGCAGCAGCCAUGGCGGCGAAGAGCAUCGUGCAGUGGCCUUGGGGAUGGACGAUAUUACUGACGAGAUCUCCGUCUAGCUCUCCCCACGAGCCAACCCCUUGGCACGAUGAGCGCUCGGCCGUCAAUGCACAGAAACAACUUUGCACAAGGCCCAUUCUACAUGUAUCCUUCUCCAUACAUAUUCUGCAUGAGUUCUACCUAAGUUGUACGAUUAUAAUAGAACUAGUAAUACUACUACCACUCUAUAGCUUAUGCACGCUGGGGUGCAGAGGAUCCGUGCUGCCAGGGUUCGAUCUGGGCAUCCAAGAGAGCUGACCAACCCAAGGAGGAAAUGGUGAAAGUAGCCAGGGAUAAAGAUUGAGAGCACCACAACUGUCCCAAUGCUGAGACCUCAUCAUAAAAGCAGCAGGGAUGCGAGGUACAUUGUAGCUGCACGAGCAUGGGCAAUGCUCAGUGCGGUGGAAACAUGUGAGCCGACUACUAGAAGCCUGGCCCUUGGUGGCUUCCGUAGAUAAUCCACCUACUCUACUAGACCCCCCGUUACUGCUCUAGUAGAGCUUGGACAUCUUCUUAGCAAAAAAGUGCUGUAAGAGCCCAGUCAAGCAACGACCAAAAUUGUCGUGAAGCCGAAGCAAACGCAAACGCAAACGCGCCUAUCGGUAUUGGCACGGUACUGCUACGGUAAAUCGCGUAACACACCUUCCAAAUCGCGUUCGCCUUUUUGCGGUUGUUCAGCUCAGUAACUUGCUUAUAAGGCUACAGAGGUCGUCGACACAGUGCAGCCCAGCAACACGAGCGACCAACGGCCAACACAGCUGUGCAGCACGAUGACUGACUCUAUGGUUCGUAUCAUCGGUGAAAAGAAUAGUUUGGGAGAGCCGCUUGUGUCGUUCCCGCUCCUUGAAACGAAUGCACCAAACGAGCGCUGCGCCUUGGCAUGCAUGGCCACAUACAUUCACGCGGUGACGGUCCUCGGACCACAACCAGCACAGAAAUUAAAAUAUUCCCGGUAUGCAUACGGUACCUAUUUAGGAGCCAAGUUUCCAAAAACUAGAUUGAUUGAUUGAGAGUAAGUUGUGGUGGG